GCAGCUUACAGACUCAGGCUGGGUACCUUGUAGUUAGUUGUACGUUCGAAACCUGUCGCCGUCACUUGCGAGUUUGGCAUCUUCCACUGUCACCGAAGAGGAACGGGGGCUCGGAGAUAAUAGCAGUGGCCGCGAUCUCCGCGCCAGGCGCUUCGCAACUCCAGCCCCGGGUGCGUCUCUGGCCCUCCGUCCCGUGCGUCAAGCAGCGGCGAGGUGGCAGCUCCGCGCCCGCCGCCGUGCUCACCCGGCCGAGGGAUCAGGUUGGCAGUUCUCAACGAUGGGCAGGAGGGACCUUGGCGGAGACCCCUAAAAUAAUACCAUGCCCCGGGAGCCCCGCUGCUGCCGAGCCAGCUUCUUCCCUUUCCACCUCCCCGACCCUGUCGGAUUCGGAUGAGCCCACAGAGAGGAGCCGCGGCCGCCAGUGGCUGAAUUGGGUGGAACCAAAACAUUUCAUCUCUGGAGUUUACAACUGAAAAGUGAUCAGGCCACGUGAAAGAAACUGAAACAUACCAGUGUCAGUCUUGCUGGAACUGGCUGCCUGGUCUCUUUGGAGCACGUGCAUCUGUAAAGGAUCAGCCUGUGACCCAAGGUCACUCUUCCCUCUCGUCUCCAAGUGGUGAACUCACUUGGAUUUUCUGUUGGACUUCAAUGUUGAUUGCAGAUUGAGCUUAACCAAGAAGUUCAUAGGCUGAUCUACACUGACCUGACCAACCACAGAAGAAGGGAUUCCGCUUGCCCCAUUGGGCCCCUGUUGACCGCUGAUAACUUGGCUUCACUUGUUGCCUGGGUGGAAAGUUCUCCCUAUUGAAAUUUUUUUGCACAUGGAGGACAGUAGCCGAGAGGGCAACACAGGCUGAUCAGACCAGAGACUGCAGGAAGAUUCUCUGACCUUGGCCUUUGGGACUUUUCCUCUAGUUGGACUUCUGGACUUUAACAGAACCCCAUUCAAUCAUUUUGGUUUUGCUCUCUGUUUUAUUUUGUUUUUCUUUUUCUUUUCCCUACCACAUUGUGUUUUAUUUCUGUACUUCAGAAAUGGGCCUACAGACCACAAAAGGGCCCGGCCAGGGGGCUUUUUUCCUGAAAUCUUGGCUUCUCAUUUCCCUGGGGCUCUACUCCCAAGUGUCAAAACUCCUGGCGUGCCCUAGCGUGUGUCGCUGUGACAGGAACUUUGUCUACUGUAACGAGCGAAGCUUGACCUCAGUGCCUCUUGGGAUCCCGGAGGGCGUCACUGUACUCUACCUCCACAACAACCAAAUUAAUAAUGCUGGGUUUCCUGCAGAACUGCACAACGUACAGUCUGUGCACACCGUCUACCUUUACGGCAACCAACUGGAUGAGUUCCCCAUGAACCUUCCCAAGAAUGUCCGAGUUCUCCAUCUGCAGGAAAACAACAUUCAGACCAUUUCACGGGCAGCCCUGGCCCAGCUCUUGAAGCUUGAAGAGCUCCACCUGGAUGACAACUCGAUAUCCACCGUGGGGGUGGAAGACGGGGCCUUCCGGGAGGCUAUUAGCCUCAAAUUGUUGUUUCUAUCCAAGAAUCACCUGAGCAGUGUGCCUGUGGGGCUUCCCGUGGACCUGCAAGAGCUGAGAGUGGAUGAGAAUCGAAUUGCCGUCAUCUCAGACAUGGCCUUUCAGAACCUCACGAGCUUGGAGCGUCUGAUUGUGGACGGAAACCUCCUGACCAACAAGGGCAUUGCCGAGGGCACCUUCAGCCACCUCACCAAACUAAAGGAAUUUUCCAUCGUCCGGAAUUCGCUGUCCCACCCCCCUCCUGAUCUUCCAGGUACACAUCUGAUCAGGCUCUACCUGCAGGACAACCAGAUCAACCACAUCCCUCUGACAGCCUUCUCGAAUCUCCGGAAGCUGGAACGGCUGGAUAUAUCCAACAACCAGCUGCGCAUGUUGACUCAAGGGGUCUUCGAUAACCUCUCCAACCUGAAGCAGCUCACUGCUCGGAAUAACCCUUGGUUCUGUGACUGCAGUAUUAAAUGGGUCACGGAAUGGCUCAAACACAUACCCUCAUCUCUCAACGUGCGAGGUUUCAUGUGCCAAGGUCCUGAACAAGUCCGGGGGAUGGCGGUCCGGGAGUUGAAUAUGAAUCUGUUGUCCUGUCCCACCACCACCCCCGGGCUGCCUCUCUUCACCCCAGCCCCAAGUUCAGCUUCUCCCACGACUCAGCCCCCCACAGUCUCUGGCCCAACCCGUAGCAGAAGCUAUACGCCUCUAACUCCCAUGGCAUCGAAACUCCCCACGAUUCCCGACUGGGAUGGCAGAGAAAGAGUGACCCCGCCCCUUUCUGAACGGAUCCAACUCUCUAUCCAUUUUGUGAAUGACACCUCCAUUCAAGUCAGCUGGCUCUCUCUCUUUACUGUGAUGGCGUACAAACUCACGUGGGUGAAAAUGGGCCACAGCUUGGUAGGGGGCAUCGUGCAGGAGCGCAUUGUCAGUGGUGAGAAGCAGCAUCUGAGCCUGGUGAAUUUAGAGCCCAGAUCCACGUAUCGGAUUUGUUUAGUGCCACUGGAUGCAUUUAACUACCGCGCUGUAGAAGACACCAUUUGUUCUGAGGCCACCACCCAUGCCUCCUAUAUGAACAAUGGUAGCAACACGGCUUCCAGCCACGAGCAGACGACUUCCCACAGCAUGGGCUCCCCUUUUCUGUUGGCGGGCCUGAUCGGGGGCGCAGUGAUAUUUGUGCUCGUGGUCCUGCUCAGUGUCUUUUGCUGGCACAUGCACAAAAAGGGGCGCUACACCUCCCAGAAGUGGAAAUACAACCGAGGACGGCGGAAAGAUGACUAUUGCGAGGCGGGCACCAAAAAGGACAAUUCCAUCCUGGAGAUGACAGAAACCAGCUUUCAGAUCGUCUCCUUAAAUAACGAUCAGCUCCUUAAAGGAGAUUUCAGACUGCAGCCCAUUUACACCCCAAAUGGGGGCAUUAAUUACACAGACUGCCAUAUCCCCAACAACAUGCGAUACUGCAACAGCAGUGUGCCAGACCUGGAGCACUGCCAUACGUGACAGCCAGAGGUCCAGCAUUACAAAGGCGGACAGUAAGACUCUCGAGAACACACACGUGUGUGCACAUAAAGACACGCAAAUUACAUUUGAUAAAUGUUACACAGAUGCAUUUGUGCAUUUGAAUACUCUGUAAUUUAUACGGUGUACUAUAUAAUGGGAUUUAAAAAAAGUGCUAUCUUUUCUAUUCCAAGUUAAUUACAAACAGUUUUGUAACUCUUUGCUUUUUAAAUCUAAAAAAAAAAUAGUUGCUGAAGUACUGUACAGGGUUGUACAAUGAGAACCCAACGCCAAGGUGAAAGAGUGAUUCUUCCUCCUGAUGCAAUUCACGACUUUGCUGUUGAAAGCGUCAGAACAAAUUCCUUUCCUAGAGUUGGUGGUCAGAUGAAAUGGCAGGCUAAAAUGUACUCAUCAGGGUAGAAUAACUAAUAGGUGUAGAACAAGAAAUGCCCCCAGAUAUCUUCAUGCUAUUUCUAUACUUCCUGCUUCUGGAAGAAAAGUGAAAACUUCUAGAAUAUGAGAAAGGAGGUAAUCACCCUGAUUUGACCCAAAGGAAGAAAUGCAGCAAACAUCUCUCGAGGAAGUCAGUUCCUGUGAGAUAAGUUAACCCAUCCUGGCAGAAUCACGAAAAUGAGACGAGAUUUGAAAAGACUUUCAAACCCAGGGGUUGGCUUUCUGACUGGGAACUUGAAAAUCACUCUUCAGGCUUCCCUGGCCCUAUGUGAAACAGUUACAGAUCUGAGUCUGAUUUCAGUCAUCUUCGGGGGGUAGGUAGGAUGUCCCAGCAAGAAAACUCCCUUUAAAAGCGUUACUGUUCAAAUUACACAUCAGGUUGAAUCACAUUCAACAGAGAUAUAUUCUAGAAUACUUUUUUAGAAGAGGCUAAUAAAAUAAUGGGAAGAAUUAUAUUGAAUGGAAUUAUUUUUGAUAAUGAGAACUAUUUGGGUAGAUUCACUGCAGCUAUGUCAACAUGAUAUUUAGACCAACAAGGGAUCAAUGUUUGGAAUAUACUAAACUUGUUAUUUAAAAAUUAUUGAUACCAUUUAGACAAAAGCAAGUGAUCAGUGGUUCUGUUAUACUAUAUCAACCAACUUUGUUAGUAUCAUGUUGAAAUAGCUUGAAUUAAUACCUUUAUCCCCUCAGAAAUUCCUGUCUUCCAAUCACCUCAUGUAUAUUUUCGUAAUUAGCUGUUGAUGCUACAUUUGUUGCUCCCCCUCUGCUCAAAAUUCAAACGAAAAUUAUGGAUGCCAGUCUUGGCUGCACAAAAUAUCCAUGUACACUUUAAAAUGUAUACUAAUUGUCCCUGCCAAUAAUUCUGUAAGGACACAUCAAAGCUGGCAAAAUAACGAAUUUUUUAAAAAAGCAAUACCAAGUUUCCACCUUGAACUGACUUUGAUCCUCUUCCAUUUUUUAAAUUUCAUUUAUUCCUUUUCAAUCGUGGAUGUUCCUCUUCUUUCGAAAUUGUGGAGGGAUAAUCAAUCUUAUAUUAACAGGAUAACAGAUGAAAAAUGAACAAGUUGGAGAGGGAAGGCUUGUUCCCCUAAUCUUGGCAGAGCAGGGCAUAGAGCAGAGGGCAUGGAGAAGAGAAGAAUGUCCAGGCUUAAUUCUAGAUAUUUUUUUGAAGCAACGUCCAUCUUCAGAAAGCAUGUAUAAUGUACUCCUUUCCAUCCCUUAGAUGUAGAAGGGCUAUCGAUCACAUACAUACAUUAUCUUAAAAAUACACCCUUGAAAAUUCUUUUUAAAAUCAAAUUUAGGCAUUUCACUCUGUGUUGCAUGUUUCCUUGAUCACUGGCCAUUAUUUUAGGAACCUAUGAAGUUAAUGUCACAAUCAUUUUGCUUUCUCUUUUUCUGUCCCUCUUUUAAUAAAAUAGAACUGUGAUGUGUCUUCUUUGUAAGAGUUUAGGUAUAAAAUGCUAUGCAAGUUUUUCUUUAUAGUAAGAGCUUUAUUUUCUUUAAUAAUAUAUCCCCAACUCGUAUGUUUUAACCUUCUUUGUCCCUCAGAAUAAGCAGAAAAUAUAACUGAAGUUAUAAUGUUAUAGACACAAGAACCGAAACUGUGCAGUCAGUCGAGCUGAAAUUAACUACGAAUUAAUUUGAAUUAAUUCUAAAAUGACUUUGGUUUUCAUUUUAGUCUGAUCGCUAGCUCGUUUUGACUGUUGCUUUUUUUAAAGCUAGGUCCACAUAGUGAAGGGAUAUGACAAUCUGUGAAAGUGAUCACUGUAGCAGUAUGCUAUUGGAAAUGCAGGACCGUGACAUGGGGUUUUGUGUAUUUAACUGGUAAUUCCCUUCCACUGUCCUUUUCUCCUUGGCUGUGUAGAUAAAACUAUAUGUUCCAAUGAUGGUACUUUGAUUUUUGAGGGUUUUUUCCUUUUAUCCACAAAAUAAUCAUUCUCAUUUAUUUGUAUUUUGUUUAACCUUCAGCGGGAUAUUUGGCUGCUUGAAACAAAUGUCUUUGCUUUGAGCCAAGAAGACCAAGGUUAAAGAGGUUUCUAUAAUGUCUUAUGAGAUUCACAGAAUGACUUGGGGCUUAAGUCCUACAACGGAGACCUGGUAAUGUGAAAUGAUUAGGAUGAUCCGAAAUGGUUCCUUUGCUAGAAGACAUUCCUGAGGAGAUAGAAUCUAGUUAUGGGCUUAAUUCUGAGCUUGUGCACAACAUGACAGAGACUGCUAAAACUGAGAUCAGUCUCCUAUUUGUAAUGGUAUACCUGGGUUUCUCAUCUACCCCAGGAUAGAAAGCACAUCAUGGAAUCUGUAACAACCAUCAGUGGUGGAUUGUGCUUUGAAUGGCAUUUUUGCUGAUACAUCAACUCUGUAUCUUGGACCUCUCUUGGGCUCAUACAUUAUUAUGCAUUUUGAGAUUAGUCAAGGGUCAAAGUUGAAGGUGCAGGACAAGACCAUGAGCAAAGCCAUACACACCGGCUUAUAAAGAGCUUGAUGCUGGAUGACCAAGCGAAGUGAUUUCAGAUGCUAUGUGUCUACUUUCAGAGCUGGGUAACUGUCACUCUGCAGAGGAAAUUCUAAAAGAAAAAGGUGUAGCCAUGAGCACACAGAUAUUAUUGACCAUUAUUCACACCCAGGGUUGUCAUGAAUACCUACUUAUUUGGGGAGAUAUGUUUGAACAGGGAGACGCCCUUAGCCUAUCGCAUGGGAUAAUUAAAAGUAGAGAGGAAAAGGGUGUCCUCCUGCCUAGUUUUCUUAUGUGAGAAGUGGAAAACAUUCUACCCUGUGAGAAAUCAUGCAAUUUCUAGUUAUCUGGAUGUUUGUUGAAGAUGUAUUGGAUGUUUUCCCUGAGAUUAAAAAAAAAAAAAGAAAAGUAUAACGUGACCAGUCUGCUAAGAAGGAUGAAUGAAAUAGCUAAUCUUACGGCUCCAUUUCCUACUAGAUCAUAAUGGUCCUAAUCAUUUCACAGGAGUCAGAACUUCCUUCCCCUCUGAGGAGGACAAGCUCUCCAUGUUGUGAGCAGAGCAUCCAUUCCAGGCAGAAAGCGAUAUAGUUGCUGUCCUCCGCAGGGAGCAGAUGGCUUGGUCAGCUAAUCUCUCUUGCAGAAUCCUUUGCAGCUUUUGACAGUGAAGUGAUAAAUUUCCGUCACUUCUUACUUCUAGUAUUUUUCUCUACCCUAUCACGAGGAGUCAUUGUUUCAUGUUAGAACUUGAGGAGCAUGGUUUUGCUCAUGAGUUACUUUUCCAACUUUAUGGGAAAGCAGAGCAGAAAAGAGAGCCCCAAAGAGAAAGUGAUGCACACAGGAAAAAAACCAAAACACUCCUCUUCAUUAUUCGUCUUGUCCAACCUCGCCUGAUGCUCUUUUUUUUAAGUCAAAAUACUACUGUAGGAAGCAGUAGUUUACAUCCUUCUCUAAUUUCUUCAGUGGGGUCGAAAGACAAUUGCUGACAAUAGGGGAUGCUUGUCACUGAUUGUAGGGAGAAAGUUCUGUACAUGUGGGAUACUAUUGUUAUAACAAAAAAUUCACAUUCUUUUGCUAUAGUUUGUUUUUUCUUUUUCUAGUGGCACACCUACCAGAAGAGCACAAAGCAAGGCCAUCCAAACAGGCAUUUUUUGACAAGUAAAAAACGUACACUUGUGUACACACACACACAUACACACCACACACUGGGGUAAUUGUAAAGACAUUCAUGGGAUGUAAGACAUAAAACCUUUCUGAGGCAGGGUGAAGUCGUCGCUUCUGUGCAUCCCUCGUAGGACCAGUUUAUAUUCACUGAAAGUUAAUCCUGAUGAUUUUUUAUUGUUUGAGCCGUAUGUUGAUUUGCUUCUGGUUUCUAUGUAGUGCGUUCUUGCUGACAAGGGACUGCAAGGGGCUGGAAGAUUCUGCAUCACACAUCCUCUGAGACCUACCGUGUCGCACACUUUGUUAACUACAAACUUCACUCUACACUAUACAGUACCUUGUUGAUAUAUUCAGUAAAGGCUUAUUUUAAAAAGAAACCAUAUUGUGUUUAUCUGAGUAAGUUCAUUGGGAUACUGCUCAUCCUUGCUUGGUUCAUGUCAAAGAAAAAUAAGGGACGCUUCCCGAUGCAGGACCAUGGCUGGAAUGAAGGAGGUAAUAGGGUUUUUACACUUUCUCUUCCCUUGAAGACAACUUCUGUGUUUUAAGGCCAUUUACUCUUUUUGUAUGAGGGGUUUACAUGAAAUCUUCAUGUUUUUUUCUACUUCCUGACUGAGUUGUGUGUUGCUAUGAAUAUCUUUUAAAUAUGCACACAUACAUGGAACAUAUUAUUUUGUGUUUGUGAAAUGUGUAGUUUAGAAUAUAGAUAAAUACCAAUGUAGUUACAUCAUCAGAAUAGUCUUUUCCCCUAUUUCAUAAUAUACACUAUUGGUUUUAAAUGUCAGUUCUCCUAAAGAAAUCUCGCGGUAUUUUCUACUUCAGAAUUGCUUAUAGCUCAUUCACCCAUACUUUCAGUAAGCUUUCAUGAAAAUGUAUUUAUUCAUAUGCUCAAGUUCAAUCCGGGACACACCUCCUGAUUUUCCAGAACCCCUUUGUCUAACCCCUCUUGGCCACUUUACUAAUCAUGUAUUUGACAAGAGACCGAAUCAGGAAAUAAAAUGAUGAUACUUCAGUUACUGGUAUUAAUGACUUACAGACUCUCUGUUGGAGAAUUAACUAUGAAAGACAGUUGUAACAGGUGAUUCAUAUUACAUUUGGGAGAUUUUAUGUUCAAUGAGUCUACGAAUUCUUGGUUACUUUUGCCAAGAGUUACAGACUGUACUCUAUGGACACCAAACCCUUAGUCAAGGAAUACCGUUCAUUCAAAAGAGUUUAUGAAACAAUGUCUACUAUGUCCCAGGCACUGGUCUGAGUUCAGAGGUUUCAUAGAAGAAUAAAAUACAGUCUUAGCCAAAUCAAGUAUAUUUUCAGCUGCAUCGUGUUCCUAAAGAAGUUUGUUCACCCAAUAUAUUUACUUUUCAUCUGCUUUUUACAGAGUACUUUGUUAGG